AUGGAUCCUGUGCUGAAGCAAGCGCUGGAGAAAUCCAAGAGCACCAAAGUCAAGAAGCCAACCAAGGAGAAAAGUGGAAAGAAACAAAAGGGGCCAGCCAGGAGCCUUGCAAAGGAGCUAGCAGCGGUGGCUAGCCCUCAAGCCUCUGUAGCUUUGGCAGACACGCAGUUGGACAAGAGCGAUACCCGAGAUGAUAUCAACCCCGAUGAUGUACUUGCAGUGGUUGAAUGGACUAAUGGCUUGUGGCAAAGUACCAUGAAGAAGCUCAUGGCCAAUGAAAAUCAUGAAGACUAUGUCAUCGUCGAUGUCAGCGGUUAUUGGUUAACCUUCAAAAAUCAUAUGUGCGACUUGAGUCACGAUGUCUUAGUAUCGGACUUUCCACUGAUAAUUAUGAGGAACCCCACCGCAGCAAAGGGACUGUCAAAAAUCGUCAUAAAAAAAGAAAAGGUUGCCGCAGAAGAAGAUGGCAAGAAGAUUGAAGAAGCUUUCAAAAAGAGGCUGGCAGAAAAGGAGGCUGCAGAAGAGAAGAGGAUCGAAGAGGAGAAGUUCAGAGCCGAACAAAAGGCUGCAGAAGAAAAGAGGAUUGAAGAAGCUGUUCAAAAAAGGCUGGCGGAACACAGAGCCGCUGAAGAGAAGAGGAUCGCAGAGGAGAAGAUCAAGGCUGAACAGAAAGCCGCUGAAGAGAAGAGGAUCGAAGAGCAGAAGAUCAUAGCUGAACAGAAAGCCGCUGAAGAGAAGAAGAUCGAAGAGCAGAAGAUCAUGGCUGAACAGAAAGCCGCUGAAGAGAAGAAGAUCGAAGAGCAGAAGAUCAUAGCUGAACAGAAAGCCACUGAAGAGAAGAGGAUCGCAGAGCAGAAGAUCAUAGCUGAACAGAAAGCCGCUGAAGAGAAGAGGAUUGAAGAGGAGAAGAUCAAGGCUGAACAGAGAGCCGCUGAAGAGAAGAGGAUUGAAGAGGAGAAGAUCAAGAAAGCCGCUGAAGAGAAGAGGAUUGAAGAGGAGAAGAUCAAGAAAGCCGCUGAAGAGAAGAGGAUUGAAGAGGAGAAGAUCAAGGCUGAACAGAAAGCCGCUGAGGAGAAGAGGAUCGAAGAGCAGAAGAUCAUGGCUGAGCAGGAAGCCGCUGAAGAGAAGAAGAUCGAAGAGCAGAAGAUCAUGGCUGAGCAGAAAGCCGCUGAAGAGAAGAGGAUCGAAGAGCAGAAGAUCAUGGCUGAAGAGAAGGCAGCUGAUCAGAGGAGGAUCGAAGAAACAGAGAUGGCCAUCACUGAAGAGAAGGCAGAUGAAGAGAGGAAAAGUGAAGAGGAGAAGAUGGAGCUUGAAAGGAAGGCGGCUGAAGAGAGAAGGAUUGAAGAAGCAGUUCAGAAAAAGCUGGCAGAGAUGGAACUCAGAAAGGCAGUUGAACAGAACCUUCUCAGGGCAGCUACUCAAGAUUUGCCCUCAGCUCCUGCUACCCCAAUGAGGAAAGAUCCCGCUGGGGAAUUGAAUGGUGUUUCCGAGCCAGGACCUGGGGAGGAAAAAGCGCGGAAGGAACAACAGGAAGUCUUGGAAAGGAAGAAAAAAAGACAUGCUCAGUGGGUGAAAUUCAUGAGAAGCCUGAACAGCGACAACAACCCUCUCAAUGACCUCUUCGAGCAAUGGCUUGCAGCGGACGAAGACUGGCGCAAGACCCGUGUGUAUGCCAGAAUGACCAACAACACCGGUCACAUUGACAGUGAUAUGAGAGAAUGGAUUACUCUUACUGAAAUGAUGACCAAAAUGGGAACAAGCGCAGCUGAAGCUAUGGCCGCUAUCAUGGAAACAACAAAGCCCGAGCACUGUCGUGAUCACCCCGAAUGCAGGCAGUACAAGGUGUUGGUCAAAGAUGCUUCGGAAAAUCGAAAGGAGGACUGGGUGUCUAAGGUUAUGGAAUGUGGGGAUGACUCCUCCUCAUCGAGUUCUGAAGCUGACCAAAAGCCGGGGAAGGUGCGCAGCUAUGCAUAUCGCUACGUUGGGCAUUUCUUUUUGGGGAGCGCUAGUCUAUGA